AUGGCUACUACGAAAAAUCCUGAAACAAACUGUAACAGAAAUGUUCUUAGACGUGACGUGGAAGCAAUAAAGAAGGAGCUAUUACAUGAAGACUGGGCCGCCUUACUAGACAACGUGGAUAUAAACCAGGCGGGCUCCCUCGGCCAGUGUAUCAACCGUGCCGCUUUCGGUGCGCCUGGAUACGCCACUCCUCAUGCCUGGCCAGGUACCGGAAUAAUACAAGAUGGAUUAGCUGCCUCUGCCAUUUCAUGCGAUGGACUUAAUGCUGCAGGAAGAAGAGUCGGAGUCUCUGAAGGAGUUUACCCAGCAGUUGCUUCUGCCUUGGAAAUCACACCUACUACUGGUGGUGCCCUAGCUGUUACAAGUAGUUCAGCUAUUCCUCCUACUGGAAUCUCCGUAGUAUCUGAUAAUGCUUAUGAAGGUGCUUUAGCUGUGGCUGGAGAAUUGCCGUUUGUGGGCACUGCAGCAGUUGAAGGUGAAGUGCCAUCUGCCGGUGCAGGAGCUAUUAAUCAUGCCUGCGGGGAUGGAGUUACUGCUAUGACAAGUGAGACUGCUUCCUUUGUGUCUGAGGCUGCUAUUGCUCCCGUCGCAGCCAUAUCACCAGUUGCAGAAGCUGUAGCUCCAACAACUGCUGCCUUGACACCCAUUUUGCCACUAUCUCCUGCUAACCGCUUCGGUCCCAAUUCAGGUCUCGGUCUUGGCAAUAGAUUUCCCGGCCGUGGUUGUGGAGGUCGGGGUUUAAUGUACUAA